GGCGCCUGGGUUCCGCGGCUCGGCCCGGAGGGGGAAGCGCGAUGGCGGCCGAGGCGCGGCGGUGGCGGUGGUGGCGGCGGGGCGGCGCCGCGCUGCUCCUGCUGGCGCUGUGCCUGCAGCCGGCCCGGCCCCGCAGCCUCCGCUUCGUGACGCUGGUGUACCGGCACGGGGACCGCUCGCCCAUCAAGGCCUACCCGCGGGACCCCUUCCAGGAGGCCGCCUGGCCACAGGGCUUCGGGCAGCUCACGCAGGUGGGGAUGCGGCAGCAGUGGGAGCUGGGCCAGGCCCUGCGGCGGCGCUACCGCGGCUUCCUGGGCGCCGCGUACCGGCGGCAGGAGAUCUUCAUCCGCAGCACAGAUUACGAUCGGACGUUGAUGAGUGCAGAGGCCAAUCUGGCAGGCCUGUAUCCCCCAGAGAGACAACAGAUGUUCAACCCUAACAUUUCCUGGCAGCCUAUCCCUGUACACACAGUGCCUGAGUCCGGGGAAAGGCUACUGAAGUUUCCAUUGAACCCCUGCCCACGGUAUGAACAACUACAGAACGAAACACGGCACUCACCAGAAUACAUAAAUAAGACCAGAGAGAAUUUGCAAUUCCUGCAGAUGGUGGCAAAUGAGACUGGGAUUCGGGAUGUCUCUCUCGAGACUGUCUGGAGUGUGUAUGACACACUGUUCUGCGAACAAGUACACAAAAUGGAUUUGCCGUCAUGGGUGACGCCAGAUGUCAUGUCUCAAUUGAAGCAACUGAAAGACUUUGGUUUUGAAUUUCUGUUUGGAAUCCACCAUCGAGUAGAAAAAGCUCGUUUGCAAGGCGGGGUCCUUCUGGAUCACAUUAGGAAAAACCUAACCAAAGCAGCAAAUGCCUCUGCCCACCAGCACCUGAAACUUCUCGCCUAUUCAGCGCAUGACACCACACUUGUGGCACUGCAGAUGGCUCUAGAUGUCUACAACAAGAUUCAAGCACCAUACGCCUCAUGUCAUUUAUUUGAGCUGUACCAAGAGGAUGAUGGUGACUUCUCUGUGGAGAUGUUUUUCCGGAAUGAGAGCGGAAAGGAACCUUUCCCACUGACAAUCCCUGGCUGUCAGCAGAAAUGUCCCCUGCAUAAAUUCUUGGAACUCACAGAUCCCGUUGUGCCUCAGAACUGGGAGCAAGAAUGUCAGGUAGCAAGCAGCAUGCAAGACACAGGACUGUUUGUAGGUCUGGCUGUGUGUGGAUCCGUUCUCCUUCUCCUUAUAAUCCUCCUCUUGACUGUACUCUUUCGCAUACAGUCGCAGCCCCCUGGCUACCGGCAUGUUUCCAAUGAGGGAGAAGAGCAGGCCUGACAGUUGCUUCAACUGCUUCCCAGGCAGUAGGGGGGAGCAGCGUUGCCCCUAAGGACGAUUGGGCACCUUCAGUAACUGAGCAUUCUUCUGCUUUGGCCAUUGCUUCCCAGAAUGAAGCUGGACUGUGAUUUUUGGACUUUUUCUAAACCCAGAGAGAGGACUGACCUACUCUAAUGGAAGUGAUGCAUUUUAAUUCUGAGAAGCCAGGAUACUGUGUGGUGCCUCUAGCCCUCAUACAGUCAGCCUGGGAUUCUCACCAAGGCCAGUUAGAGCAGCUGCUCCUCGUGAAGAAUUUUCCUCCUUUCAGUGAUUGUAAAUGUUACCACUCACCCUUACUGUGGCAGGGGGAUUUGGGCCUCCAGAAGGUGCCACAUCAAGCACAAUUAAGAAUUGCAUUUCUCUUCAGGGUCAACCUGCUUUGUGUGCUUUUCUCUCAAGUCCUUGGACUCAUGGUGGUGGGAAGGCUGGGCGUGGAGCAGAAGACCCAGCUCCCCCAUGAUGCACAGACACUCAUCUGCUGACCAUGCAGAGGGAGCUGCUGCAGAGAUGGCAGAUCGUGAAAAGUGUUUCCUGAGGCUGCUGCCAAGUAGUUGUUCAUGGUCUCCUUUUCCCCUUGUCGAAGUGUAGUUCAAGAGAGAAGUGGCCUGUAAUCAGGACAGGACUGCAAACCUGGCAGUGGUUUCUAGCAUUCAGCUCAGAGUAGGUUACAUAUGAUCCACAGAGUAAAGAGCUUCGUAAAGGAGACGAAUUCCUGUAGUCACGGUGAACCCCAUUCCUUGUGCAGUGGUAGCUCUAGAAAGGAGAGAGUCCUUGUAGAUAGGAAGCAUUUUCUAUGUUGCUAAAGAUUCUUUCUAAGGAAUUCUAAAGUUUCUUUUCUAAAGAUUCAGUCUUUAAAUUUGACCUCUGUGCUUCAAGUACCUAUUACAGGGGAGUAUCCUGUACUGCAGGCGGUCCAGAUUUCAGCUGGAGCCACAGGAACAUGCUUUACUGGCAGAAAGUUUUUAUGCUAUAAUUAAAGAGAUGUAGCAGAGCUGUUUACCUAAGACUAGACUGAAUGCCAACUUCCAUAGUUUUUUCUUCCCAUCCUCUCUACUGCACAGCCUUACCCAGAAAAAAUGAAAAAAAACAUAUAUAAAGGAUCAGACCUUGCAGGUAAAUACAGGCCCCUUCAUCUGCCACACUUUAGCAUUUUAUCCGAAAUGUGAUUCUUUCUCCCAGCAAGCUGGAUGGAAGCCACAAUCCUCUCUCACCUGUCCCCGUGAUACCGAGUUGAAAGGACAAAUGGUCUCUUCAUUGAUAGAACCAUAGGAUCAGAUUUGAAGUCCUUCAUUAGCAGAUAGGUGAAACCUUACUAUGUUUGGUUGGAUAGCAGGGAGUUUAGAAACUUUGUAUUACUUAGCCAGCUUCAUCUGUAC